AUGCUGCCGAGCUGCGGAGAGAACCCGCAGCCCAGCGGAUUCCCGAGCUCCUGCAAUUCGUCAGGAGUUGCUGCUGCAGCAACCGCCGGAACAACUCCUGAGGCGAUAAAGUUAUCUCCUACGGAUAAGGCGUGCCCACUUGGUGUAGCAGCAGCAGAAGCAGCAGCAGCAACAGGAGCAGAAGCGUCAGCAGCAGCCAGUCCUUUGCUGUGUGGCGUAGUGGCAGAUGGUCUCCCUGCACCUGAAGCAGCUACUAAAGGAGCGCCUGCAGCAGCUACAGCAGCGACAGAAAUGACAGCGGCAGCAGGUCAGGGUGAGUCUCUGGCGGAAUGUGAAGCAAUCGCAGCUGUUUCAGGAGCAGGAGGAGCAGCAACAGCUGAUGCAGCUGAGGAUACUAUAUCCUUUGGGGGACCCCUCACGGGAUCACUAAAGGGGCCUCUGGACGCAGCCGGGGCUUCUCCUGUGUCGUGCCCUCUCCCUUUAAGCGCAGCAGUGGUGGGCGCCCCCUGGGCUCCCCCUGCGAACAUGAAUAUUUGGCAGUCGCCUUCCCUGUCUCCAGUAGAAUCCUUUGUAAAGUCUGGUGAAGACUCGCCGGGGGCUCCUCCUGAAGAGGCCCUGGCCAGGCCGCCUUUUGGGGCCCUGAGAAGCCCCAGUGGAGAAAGUCGAAGGGGCCUGUUGACCGAAGAGGUGCUGGGGGGGCCCUCUGGAGCGACUCGCGAUGUCGCGCAUGUAGAGACUUCCUGGGGCCCCCAUGAUGCGGAUGCAGCUUCAGGGGCCACGCCUGCGGAUGCCCCUAGGGGCUCCUCUAAGGAGUUGCCUGAUGAAGGCGUAGGAGAAAGAGUUGCUGGGGGCUCAUUUGAAGCUGCGGCAAAUGCUUUUUUAGAGUGGUGCAGCUCGGAAGAUGCCUCCGGCGCCCGUGGGUAUUCUGGGGGCCGCGGUGACGGCUGGGGCACCCGAAGGCAACUCUUCGAAGGGUUGGCAGAAAGGUGUCACCGGCAACAGCUGGAGCUGCAGCAGCAACAGCAGCAUGACCAGGUGCUGCUGGAGGAGGAGCAGCAGCAUCAGCAACACGGGGAGCAAAACCGGACACAGUCAGAUGCCCUGCAGCAGGUGCCGGUGCUGCAGCAACAUCUGCCAGUCGUGCAGGUGACGCAACAGCAGCAAGCAACAGGCACACAGCAGGAGCAACAGGAGUUUCUGCAACAGAACGAACAACUGCCUCCGCAGCAGCAGGAAGAAGAGCUGCAGAGGCAGCAACGAGAACAGAACGACCAACGCCAAGACCAGCGGCAGCAGCAGCAGAAGCGUCUCAACAAGCGUCUUUCUCGCGAUGUCCGUUGCAUGCCAUCUCUCGUUGAGGCAUUUCUGGUUCUCGGGCCCCAAGCGGCGUGUCCUGUCCUAGACUGCUGCAUUGGCCGUUACUGCCAACAACAGCAGGAGCAACAGUGCUGCUGCUGCUGCUGCCAGGCUAGGAGUCAGCAGGGAGAAUGCGGCUCCUUUGCUGCCGCUGUUGCUGCUGCUGGUGAAGGUGCUCACGAGGGCUUCGUCUCCGAGCACGCCCUGGGGGAGAGGGAGAAGGAGCAGCCGCAGCAGCAACAGCUACGGCAAGAGCUUCGACGAACGCGGAGCAGCAGCAAUGACAACGAGGAGCAGACCAGCGACAGUACGAGCAGCAGCGACAGCAUCAGCGAUCUGUUACAGCCGCAUGUUUGGUGGUGCUGCGCUUGCAAGAGCGCUCCGUGCGUUUUUCCCGAAGGCGCCAUCCCGCCAGAUGGCAGCCCCUGCACCAGCAGCGACAGCAGCAGAAACAGAAGCAGCUGUGCCAGUUCCCUCUGCGGCUCCAGUAGGGUUCUGAGCUUCUGCAGCCAGUCCCAAAAGCGCCCCGCUUCUAUUCCUUCUGUGGUCGCAAGCUCCAAUAGCUGCAGCAGCAGUGGCAGCAGCACCAGAAACUUCGCGUUGGUACCGUCAACUAGAAGGUGCAGCAGCGGCUGCCGGACCGAAAAGAAUAGAGGCACGAGCAGCAGGAGAGCAAACAGCUGCUUGCUCCCCAAUUCCAAUUGCAGUCAAGACUUCACGGGCUGCAGCAGCAUUAGCAGAUGCCCCAGCAGCAGCCGAAGCAGCAGCCGAAACAUAAAAAGGGUGCAUGCUCCACAGGUUCAUGCAACAGGAGCACCAACAGCAGCAGCACGCAUCUGUGGGCAACAGUCAAUUACAGCAGAGGUGGGUCAUGGCAGUAGAAGCUGCUGCUACAAGCACAGCAACUGCUGCUGCUGCAGCAGCAGCUACUGCAGCGGCGGCAGCAGCAGACGUAGUUGCAGCGAUGCCGCUUCGCGCUGCCACGAUGAGGGAUUCAUGCGUCGCAGCUCGAGCUGGCCUAGAUCACACGGCGGAACUUCAGCUGCUGCUCCUGCAAGGGUUGCUGCUGGUGCAGCAGCAGCGUCAAGAGGCUCACUUACGAAUGCAGCAGCAACUUGUACGGCUGCAGUGUCUUCAGCGGUGGCAGCAGAUGCACUCGGGGCGCCUUCACGAACUCAAGAACCUGUCGAAAAGCCAAACCGCCGCUCACCUGCUGUAAUUCGUUGCCGAGUCCGUGGCGUCUGCUCCUGCGGUGGCGGAAGCAGCAUCAGCAGCAGUAAUUGCUGCAGAGAAACCCCAAGCGACCCACAGCGCCGUUGCAAGUGCAGCUACACCCCGAGCUUCGAUGUGGCGGUCACGCGCAAAGGCAAGCCGAAGGUCCUUCCCGUCCUGGAGACAUCACCAACAUCAGUGGCAGCAGCAGAUCCAGCAGCAACAGCAGGGAGCCCAAACAAAUCGACAGGAACGGAGACAGGGGAUGCAGGAGAAAGGCCAGCAACACCAGAUUCAGGACCAGAAAGUCAUGAUGAAAGCUGCGGUAACAUCUCGUGGCUACCGCCAGAGGUGCCUCCUGCAGCAGAGCUGUUCUGCUUCCCUCACGGGACGGCGAAAAUGCUGCCUCUCAGUAGCGGCUGCCUCUGUACCCUUCUCAAGAAGCCUCCGCAGCAGAAGGAACAGCAGCAAGAAGACGUUGCAGCACGGUCAUGUACAUCUCCUUGGCAAUCGUACUUGCCACAUGCUUUGAGGAAGCUGCUGUCUGCAGGUGUGUGCAAACCAGCAGCAGCGACACCAGCAACUUCCCCAUCCAUCUUGGAGGCACCGCCGGAAGCAUCCCCUCAAAUGUUUCCAGAGCCAGCAGCAACAUUUGCGGCCGCAGCACCAGCAGCAGCACCAGCGGCAGCGCCAGCAGCAGCACCAACAUCAUCACUAACAGGAGCGCCAGAGGCACCAGCAGCAACGCGGGCUCCACCAUGCAUUUGCCAGUGGGGUGGCUGCGCGUGCGCUUCUUUGCUGAGAGUUCAUUCUCCCUCAUCUUUCGUUUUCGUCCUGACAGAUAUUCAGGGCCGGAGACUCUAUGGGCACUGUCUUCGCUUCUUCGAGCUUGUUAGCUUCCGGGUGCCCACUAGCCGCAGCAACACGGUCAGCAACCGCACAAGUCCAACCAUUUCUGCAGAGGGAGACACUGCGACAGAUGAAGUGGCGUCAGGCAGGGAACAAGAAACAGGCAAGAUAGAUCAGGAGGAACAGGCUGCAGGCACAGCAGAGGCAGCAUCUGACCGCUGCCGCAGUGAGCCGCCCCUGGCUUAUGUGGAAAGGGCGUUCUGUGUUUUGUCUGAGCUCCCUUUUUUCGGGGUUUUCCAUGAGUGGUUGUGGAGUACGUACACCUCAUACGCUGCUCUCUGUCAGGCCACUGCAUGCAGCUCCAGCGGUCACAUCGUACUGCAAAAGCAGCAGCAACUGCAGCAACGAGUGUUACUCCCCUCACCACUGUUAUAUCUGCAGCAACAAGCCACAAGGCUGGUGGAGGAGACGCCAGCUCCAGUAGCAGCCCGCAUAUGGGAGGUGUUCCCGCUCCAACAGGUUCAAAUGCGCUGUGAAAGCAGCAGCAGUAGCAAGUGCGAUUUCAGUUCCGAUGAGAGCAGCAACAGCUCCAGCAACAUCUGUAGCACCAACAAGCUCCAAGUUUCCGUUUCCAUAGAAUGCACGCGCUCCCUACACUUCGCGCUGCCGCCGCCGGGAAGCUUGCCGCUGUUGCAGCCUGCUGCCUUGUGCUCUCACGGGUCAGCUGCACCAGGCGUAUUUCUAACAGUAGCAGCAGGGAGCGUAGAAAGUGUGUGGCCUCUGAUGUACCCCCUACAGUACUCCCAGGUAUUCGUCCCGUUGCUUCCGGCCUCGCUCGCGCAUUUCGUAUCGAUGCCACUUCCCUUCUGCGUCGGUUUCUUGACGCCGCCGCAGCAGCGGCAGCAGCAGGGGAUUCCAGUCGAACAACAGCCACAAGGGAAGAACAGUAGCAUCAGCAGCAGCCACAGGAAACGCGGCGGCAUCCCCAGAGGAAGGGCAGCCCCUCCCGCAGUCUACGUGUGCACUGCUCCUGAUUUUGCCGCAGCAGCAACAACUGCAGCAGUAGCACCAGCAGGAACAGUCUCAAGCAGCAGCAGCAGCAACACCCACAAUAACUGCACGAACACCAUUUCUGGCAAUAUGCUGUACGCCAUUAACCUAUUCUCUCACGCUUUGGACACUUUCCCUCUCGGGGUUUAUCUUGUAGACUUGGACAGCUGCUCUUUCUCUCUGUCGCAUGUUGCCCUUGCGGCGGCAGCUGGGGACCCACAGCAGCGCGAUUCCCUGGACCCUUUAGCAGUAGCGGCGGCGAAAGCAGCAGCAGCCGAAGCGGGGGCAGCAGCAGCAGCGCCUGGUACGGUUGCUUGGGGAUUGCCUCCUCUGCCAGAUAUGAUGCUAGGGAAGCUUGUUGCGAGCCUUGUGCCACUGCUGUGCAAAGAUGAAAUUGAGGCCGCUGCAGCGGCAGCUGCAGCGGCAGCAAUCGUAGAUGGGAACCUGACCAGCCAGCAGCGGAAGAUGCUGCAGCGCCACCAGCAGAAGCAGCACAAGAAGCGGCGGCAACAGCAGCAGCAGCAGAUCCCUUCAUUUCUCCCCUCUAACUGGCUCGUGCUGCGGGAGGAUGUAACUUGUGCUAUCACAGAAGAGGCAGCCGCGUACAGUGCGCGGCUUGCUGCUGCUGCUGCUGCUGAACUAGGCAGUCUCAGCAACAAAACUGUAGGAGGCACAACACUGCAGCCUCAGCAAGGCGUGGCCAGGGGUGACCCUCUGCAGCUGCUGCACACAAGCAGCCGAAGUCAGCAGCAACAGCAGCAGUUCCUUAGCCCGCAAGCAUGUGGCCAGAGCAGCACCAGCUUCGGUGGCGCUGCAGCAUCAGGCGCCACAGGGGCAGCAACUGCUGGGAGCAGCAGGAGCGGCAACACCAAUGCUAGUGUGAGAGCGGGACCCAACCGUUCUCAUAGUGGGGCCCUUCUGUCUGUCUUUCGCUUCUUGAACCUCUUGCCUCCUGGCAAGACAGACCAGCAGCAAGUCCAGCAACGAGAGCUGCAGCAUCUACCGCAGCCUGCAAAGCUCCAACUCCAGCAGCAGCAGCAGCAUAGGAGAGACAAUUGGCUAUGGCGGCUGUGGGGGCAACGCUCUUCAGCUUCCGGAGCAGACAUGACAGACGCAGCGGCAGCAGCUUCAGCAGCAGCAGCAGCUUCAGCUGCGGCAACUGUCGCUGCUGCCGCGGGUGCUACCGUUGGUGCUGCAGAGACACCACCAUCGCUCCGUGGGGCGCAGCCUGCACAUGUCCGCUACUCGUCCGUUCCCGUCGGAGCUCACGCUGCAGCUGCCGCUGCUGGUGCUUCGUCGUGGAUGCGGGAGAAGCAACAGCAGCAGCGACAGCAGCAGCAGCAACAGGAACAAGAAGAGGAGCACCAACGGCAGCAAAAUGCGGAGCAUCCGCCGCCCGAGAAGCCCGAACUCCCGUCGCCUUCUCCUGAUUUGUCCGUCUCACCUACACAAGCAGCAGAAACAAGCGGAGCAGAGUGUUUAGGUGCUGUUGCAGCGUCUAAAGCUUACUACUGUCAACAGCAGCAGCCGGCGCUGCAGGAGCAGGUACAGGAGCAGUUGUCACUGCUGGAGCAAGUGCAACCGCAGUUAUCCACGAGCACAGGCAACCGCGGAAGGAAAGGGAUGUCACUGUUGUUCCAGCGGCAAUGCCGAAGCAGCAGCGAGGUUUUUGAACGCAGUAGAACGUGGGUCAAAGCAAAGAGACCCUCUGCAGCAGCAUCAAGGGGUAUUACUCCGGCGCCCACAGAAGCAGCAGCAGCAGCGGCGGAAGCAGCAGCAGUCUCAAGGGGUGGUGACAGAGACGGGUCGUGGGGCCUAGGCAAUGCGAUUUCUUCAGCUCCAGCUACCUUUGUUGCUCCCGCAGGAGGGCAGGACGGAGCUGCUGCUGUUGCUGCUGCAGCAACGGAACCUAGCACUAACUUGCUGCCUGUUUGGCGCGAGUUUUCUGGCGUUUCGUUUGAGUCUUCUGAAGAGGGAGACGCUUUGAACUUACCUGUUGUUUACCCAAGCAGUCUGGACGCAGCGCUUCCCACUGCUUCUGCUGCUGCUGAUGCACCCUGCAGCGGCAACGUUGGAGGCCAAAGCGGUGCAGAGGGCGAGUUUAUUUGUGAGGCUGACGCUGCAGAGGAAGCAGCAAAGGCAGCAGAAGCCGAAGCAGUGAAGGCAGCAGCAGCAGCAGCUGCUGCUGCUGCUGCUUCUCGUAUGACUGCCUUGCAGCAGGCAAGCACUGUGUGUGGACAGACCCACAUUGAUCCUCUAGAUGGGGCAGAAAACCCUCUUUUCGUCUUGCGUGAGUGGAGCUCUACUUUGGCCGUUGGCGGUUGCUGCCAGCAGCAGCCAGAGGAGGUACAGCAGCAACAUAUGCAGCAGAAGCAGGCGAAUACAGUAGCUGAUGCAAUACUUCGGGAGGUCUUUCUUCGGUUCUUUGUUGACUUGCUGCGGGGCUGCACCAUUAUCACCAGAUCGCGGUAUGACGGUUCCCAGGGGUAUCUUUUCCGGGGCCCCUUAAGAGGCAAGGAGACCCCUGGAAACGGCGGGAGGCUGAGAGGGCAGGGAGCUUCAACGGAUGGUGGCCCCUUGCUGCAAGAAAUCUGCAGCACCCAAGCAUUUGCGAGCUUUUUGCAGGUACAAGAUGAAGCACGAGCUGUAGAAUUUGCUAGCAGCUCUUCAGAAAGGGUUGGCCCGCUCCUGACUGGUACAGAUACACCACAGGAAGAACCAGUUUCCCUCUCCCGAGAUCCGAAUGCAAGAGCCGUCAGUCCCCGCUCGCUGCGGGCAGCCAGGAAAGCAGCGGCUACUGCCUCUCUCUACUGCAAACCAUUCUGGGUCUUGGAAGCCGAAGGCAACCGCCACAGGACCAACAGCAGCAGCAGCUGCAGCAGCGGCGUCCACCUCGCAGCAACACCAGGGCCCCCUGGUGCAGCAGGAAAAGCAGAUGCUCUUCUGCAACACGAGCGCCAGACUGCUGGCAGUAUCGCUUCCCAGCAACAACGGGGGUCAUGCGUCCCUUGGGGCGUCAAGUAUACUGUUCCAGUCAGGCCCUACGCUGCAACUGUCACUGCUGUCUGCAACAGCAACAGCAGCAACACUCACCGCGUCAGAGGCGAAGAUAUGGCCAUACUGCUGCGGCCUAGAUGGCCCCUUUCUUGGCCGUCUGCUUCCUUAAGGACUGCAAGGAAGAACGUCUCAUCCAAAUAUGCCCAGUGCUCCAGAAUAAGCAAGAGCACCAGCAGCAACCACAGCGCCAGGAACAGUGACAGUGAAUGCAAUGCGACCUGGGGGCCCCUGCAGUAG